AUGUCCGCCAACGACGUCCGGGGCAAAGCCGCCCUCAUCACCGGCGGCGGCUCAGGCAUCAACCUCGCCUUCGCCCAGCUCCUCCUCGAGAGCGGCUGCUCCGUCAUCAUCGGCGACCUCGCCCUCCAGCCCGAAGCCCAAGCCCUCGUCGACAAGUACACUCCUCCUCCUCCUCCCCCUGCUCCUCCCUCAUCCUCCUCACCAUCAUCCGCGCCCUCGCCCGACUCUGCCUCCUCCUCCUCAUCAUCACCGCCGCGCGCCCUCUUCCACCGCACAGACGUCACCUCCUUCCCCCAGCUCUCCUCCCUCUUCGCCCUCGCCGCCACCACCUUCCCCCACACGCUCACCAUCGUCGUCGCCGGCGCGGGAGUCUUCGAGCCCCCCUGGGCCUCCUUCUGGCACCCGCCGCGCAGCGCCACCAACCCGGCCUCGCCCUCGCGCGACGACGCCGACGCCGAGCCCGGCGCUUUCGCCGCCCUGGGGGUCAACCUCGUUGCGCCCAUGCGCCUCGCGCAGCUGGCCCUCGCGCACUGGACGAGGAGCGGCAUGAUCACGGCUGGCGGCGGCGGUGCGGGCGGCGGCAACCCGUCCUUCAUCGCCGUCAGUAGCAUCGCGGGACACACCGCCUCGCCCACGUAUCCGUUUUACUUUGCUAGCAAGCAUGGCCUGCACGGCUUCAUACGCUCCAUGGGCAUGCUGAGGGAUGCAGUGGGCGUGCGCUUCGGCGCCGUCGCCCCGGGUGCUGUCAAGACGCGCAUCUUCGACGCCGACCCCUCCAAGGCCGCCCUCUCCGCCGGCACCGUCUCCUGGAUCCCCGCCGCCGACGUCGCCGCCGCCAUGCUCCGCCUCGUCGUCGACCCGGCCCUCGGCGACGGCACCAUCCUCGAGGUCCUCCACUCGGGCUCCCGCGUCGUGCCCCUCUUCAACGCAGACCCUCCCGAGGCCCUCGACCAGAUGCUCCCCGCCCUGCGCGGCGAGGUCCGCCUCCUGGCCGAGAGGCUCGCCUCGGGCGAGUUUGCCGUCUGA